UUGGGGCCUAUUUGGAGAAGUGGACAAGGAUAAUUGAUGGCCAUUGCAACUAUUGAUGUGCAUUGGCCUUGAAUCAUUUGAUAUGGAAAACUGACGAAUGUUAAUUAAAAUGGUCCAUUACAGCAUUGUCCUGCGCUGCUAGAAGCACACAGGCGUUGAAUGGAGGGUGUUUGGGGGGAGGCAGCCAUGUCAUCUGGUUUUGAUGUGUGACUGUGUGUGUGCUCUGGGAUGAAAAGAGGCAAAGGCUCUGUAAAGAUCAGCUGUUGCUUUAACAUGCAUUCAUAUCUACAAGCAACAAGGAUGCUGUACAAACAUAGCCAACACAACAGGCAGACCACGAAGAAUAAACUACAUGUUUGAUUGUGUACAUUUUCUUUUCUGCAUGCUGAUAAUGGAUUAUGUUCAUCUUAAAAGGAUAAAAUGAUGAACUGGAACAACACAUCAAAUAAUAAACACUGAACUAUGUAACUCAGCUAUGACCUCAGAGAAGCAGACUGAAUGCCACGGUUCUUCAGAGGAUGACACUGAAUUUCAUCUUCCAUCUUUCCGACUCGCCUCAAGAACUCAUGGCUGUAGUAGAUGCAGAGCUCCAAGCCUGUCCAUUGACUCUGGAACAUUUUCUGUGGAGCCCUGCCAGAUGCUCAAUUUCACUUCUGACAGUAGGACUCUUUGUGACUCUGGUGACACAAAUGGCUUUUCAGAGGAAGACCUCCUGAACAUAACUUUUGAAGCAUGUGAUGUUACUGGCAAAGGAGAAGUUCGGCCCUCCACUGUGGUGCAGUACCUCCAGUCUAUGACGCUCCAAAAUUCUGGCCAGGACAAGCUGAACAAUUUGCAGCACAUGCUGGACCCGGAGAGCCAGGAUCUGCCUGUUAGUCUGACCAUUUUUCACGCCACCAUGAGAGAGUGGAUAGCCCAGUGCUACCAAGAUGGAGUUCCUGAAGAUAAAAACCAGGCACCAGGAUCAGUCCCAAGAAAAUUAUCUUUAACUGGUACAGAGUAUCCUACUUUUUUGAAUGAGCUCACAUUCACAAAUGGAGCUGAAUGUCAUUGUGAGUCUGGAGAUCUGUUAGGUAUAAUAGCUGAAAUGAAACACACCCAGCAGAGGUUAAGUGGGCAGAACAACAGCCUGCUGAGGACCGUUUCUCAAUGUGAGGAUACCAUCCUACAACUCAACCUGGAGGUGUCAGACUUACACACCAAACUGGCCAGUGCCCAGCGGUUUUCCAUAAGAUCCCGGUCUCUUUCUGAAGAGCUAGAUGAAACCAGAUGUGCACUGAGGAAGAGCCAGGAGAGGGCCACACGAGCACAAGAAAGCAACUGUGCAUUGAUAAAGGAAAAUGAAAGACUGAAAGCCCUGAUCAAAUUAACUGAAGAAAAGAAUGAAAAAUUAACAGUGGAGAGGAACGUCACAGAGGAGCGUAUAAACAAACUAAAGAGAGAAAUCUUUGAUUUAAGGGGAGAGCUGGAAGAAAUGUAUACGGUACUAGCUGUAAAAGACAGGGACCUUACGAAGAAAAACAUCCUGCUGGAAAAGCUGAAGGACACUCACUUUGAAAGCCAACAACUUAUUGAGGGGCUCCAGUCAGAACUGAUGAGAUUACAAGAGCACUCACAGCAAGCACUCUUCAGGUUAAACAAAUACAAUAGCAUCUUUACUGGCCCACAGAGGACAGGUGUGACAAACCAUCAUUCUCUGCAUCAUGAGAUUCAAGAAGCCCAACCGAAUGUGGCUAUGGAGUUGAAUACCUCCCUCAGUCAGAUUUUGCCCAUCAUCCCUCAGAGAAGAGAUACUGAAAACUUCAAACCUGUUGAAUCGUCUCAUAUACUCCACAUGCAACUUUUAGCGACUGAUGCAACUGAAAAGCGACUCUAUGUGCAGGAGCAACGGCAUCAUGAAGGUUCAUGGAAUCAGCUGGCGACUUUAUUGAAAGAGUUGGACCUUAUUAAAGCUCCACUGGCAGAGGGGAAGAUGCUGGCCAGGAAUCAGACACAGGAAGCUCACAUAGCUGCCGCCAUCACCUGUUGGAGGGGUCAGAGCAAAGAGGUUAAGACAAGCCAGACUGGCAGAGAACCACAUGAGACUGUGAGAGAUGUUGACCGGAUGACACCUCAUGUGGAAGAGACUACAUGUGGGGUAAGGGCGGUUCUCAAAGACCAGGGAACAAGCACCUUCAGAGACUCUGAGGAAACAUGGAAGAAUGAAUUUCGGGAUGCGGCUGUGCUCACAGACUCAAUAGUAGAUGCUGGAGAGGCUGAGCGUUUGGCCUCAGAAGGUCUUCUGGAGGCCCUAAGAAGAGUGGAGAACAUAGUAACCCUGGCCUUAAAGGCAGCCCAUGUGCUUAUGGAUGAUGAGAAGAUGAUAAAAGAGAGGAUAGAGGCUAUCAGCCAGAGGGUGGAGAAGGCUUUGAGCAGAGCUGCAGUCACUGAGAACCAGCUCAAUGCCCUGGAGGCAUCAGUCUCUGCUAACACAAAGUUGUCGUCUGCAUCUCAACUCUGUGAUGGGAGUUCAGUGCCUAUUGACCUCUUGUUGGACCACACCCCAGCAGACGUCACUUCCCUUUUUUCGCCCGAACCUGUCACUCAAGAAAACCUCGCUCCUCUUUCAUCAGUAAACGGUGGCUCGCUUCUGUACACGAGAGCAGAAGACCACAGCGACAAGGUGAGUGAAAACCCAGAUGUGUCCUCCUCGGGUCAGGAUCCUGGUUCACCGACUGAUCUUUGGUUCAGUAGCUCUGUGACUGCAGGUUUUUCAUCUUCAGGGGGUCAACAGGCCCCUGCUUUGCCCUGUGUUGAGACCCCUCACAGUUUUUUACCGGACCCUUCCGUCGGCACCAUCCGCGAGGAACACACGCCACACCACGCAAAGGAGAAUGUAGCUGGGUCAGAACCGCCAGCAAACAAUGAGCGCUUCCCAUCAACGUCGGGGUGCACCUUAGCUGCUGCACACAAGGAAACGUGUAGGAAUCAAGAGGACGUUAUAUGCUCGGAAACUGUGCGACGGAACGGCGAAAGACAGAGCGAACGUUCCGGGUCCAGCCCAAGUUGGACGUCAGAGUAUAGUGAUAGAAAAGAGGUCUUAAAACUUUUGAACCAAGGGAAGUCCUUCAAGUCAGAGACCGAACAUAACAUUAUAACCAAACCUUGGAAUAACCAAACAUUAGAUUCAUCACCGGCAAGUCAAGCGGAGGAUACUAGGACGUGUCGAGAGGGAAGCGAGGAGAUCCGCAAGGAGUCGGAUUGCAGCGGGAGGAGUCGAGAGGAAUCUGAGAGCAGCGAGAAGAGUCAAGCAAGGACACGGAACAGUGAGACUCCAGAGGAACCGAAAACAAGUGACUCAGAAACAUCAAAGAAUCAGAGCGUCCGAGCCUCUGAUCUCUCUGACAGUUCAGGGGAGCAGGAGAACAAGUCUACUGUAUGUCAAUCCAAACGCUGGCGAGGUGAACAGCCUACACUAAAGAGAGCUCGUAGUGUCACAAAAGAGUCUGUUGCCACUUUUAUCUUCCCUCACACACGCUCUCGGCCCCCUCUCACCCCUGCCAUGCCCACCCUGCCAGAGGAAGAGGAAGAUUCUCCAGAGGAGUUCGACAGUACAUCCAGCUCUCCCUCCACAUACACACCAGUUGAAAGCAAGAUGACGAAUGUAACCAUGAGUCCGCCGGCCAUCGUGCUUCCAAGACCAGCCAGCAAACCAGAGGCCGGUGCUCUGGAGAAAGCAAGACCACACAGCCCAAGACCUCGGCUGUCCCGAAACUCUGCCUCCUCCGGUCCCAUCACCACAAUGGAUGAUGAGGGACACGUGAUCGAUCUAGUGAAGGAUCAGCUGCCUGAGCUGCAGCUAUCUGAAGUGGACCGUCAGAAGAAUCUGGAGCUGCUUGAGGAGGCCAAAAAAGUCAGCGAUCGUUUCCUGCAGCGCAGGGGCCGACGUUCCACCUGUAGCCUCUCUGAGUCCCCCACAGCUCUCUCCCCGAACCCAACGCCCUCCUCGUCCCCCAGACCAUCGAGAAGCAGUUCCCUCUCUGCACCCGUGCAGCUAGGUGGUCCUGACGUCAGCACAACUCCUCCUGCGAGUCCUUCCUUUACUCCGCACCGGGAGGUGUCACCUUCUCAUGACCAUGGGGACACAAGUAAACCAGAGCAGGAGACCUUCACAAGGCUUGUCGAGUGGAAGCCCAUUGAAAAACGAAAAGUGUCCUCUGGUACGCUAAGUCCCCGAUACGCCACUGCCGUACCGGUCAGAGAGACUGCCGUGACUCAGGAGAACCUGGACCAACAUGGAUCAGUAGACAAGGCGAAGAACUCUGAACAAGCUGGGCAGAAAAACGACGAGACCGCUGGCCGUGGCGCCAAUCAACCUCUGGCUACAGGGGUAGCCAAACCCGUCCACCGGCCACCCACACAGCAGGCCCCGUGCACGGCCGAAAUCAAAACAAUAGGAGCCUUCCCACCUCUGAUGAGAGCCGUGUCCUGGGACACGGUGGGCUCCAUCAACAUGAGAAAUGCUGCUCCCAAAGGCGAGGAGAGUCUGCCCUUCUCUGACAGUUCACGAGAGUCGCUGUUUAUGUCCUCUGGGUACAAGGACUUCCCUGUGCCGCCCGGGAACGUUCAGAAACUGUCCAAAUUACGUGAGGAGCACAAACUGCAGCGUAACCAGAGUAUCUCCAGCUCAAAGCUCCCUGACCUGAAUGAAUCCACUGAGCAGGACAGAGGUCAACCCUCUCCUCUGCCCAGCUCUCCCAGUGAAGAUGACUCUAAAGAGAAAUCUGAUGCAAUGCCCAAUAUUUCAGACAUCAUGCUGCGCAAGCUCAAGCUGCACAGAGGUUUACCUGGCUGCGCACCCCCUCUCUCAGAGAAAGAAGUGGAGAAUGCCUUUGUGCAGCUAUCGUUGGCCUUCCGCAACGACAACUACACUCUGGAGUCUCGGCUCAAACAGUCGGAAAGGGAACGCAGCCUGACAGAGGAAAACACUGAGAAAGAACUGGAAGAGUUUAAAUCUGCCAUCAAGAACACCGUGUCCAUGUGGCAGAAUAUAGAGCAGAGAGAAUUAUACCAGCAGCUUAUAGAAACCAUCGCUGUACUUCAUCGACUAACUAACCGACUCUCAAGCAGGGCCGAGAUGGUCGGAGCCGUGCGGCAGGAGAAGAGAAUGAAUAAGGCCACUGAGGUGAUGAUGCAGUAUGUGGAGAACCUGAAGAGGACAUAUGAGAAGGACCACGCUGAACUGAUGGAGUUCAAGAAGCUGGCCAACCAAAACUCCAACCGGUGCUACGGGAGCUCAAUGGACACUGCAGAUGAUGGCGUUCAACGUACAUCGAGGUCCAUGUCACUGCAAAUGGGGAAGGCUUUGCCCAGACGAAGAGUUAGCGUGGCUGUAGUUCCUAAAUUUAAUCUACUGAACAUCCCGGGACAGACCCCGGCCACCACCGCUGCCCCCAGUGCACUUCCUGUGGUGUGUGAGGCGAACACUAAUAAAAACGGAAGUUCCUCGGAUCCCACGCAACAAGAUGUGCUCGAGAAGCCCAAUGGAAACCGUUUGACGGAACAGGAAAGUGAAACCAUGCCAAGAAAAGUUCUUUGCAAUCCAGAGAAGAUUAAUGAAGAGAUCCGAGCCAAGAUUGAAGAAGAGGCUUAUAACAAAGGGUACCAAGAAGGACUUAAGAGGAGUAAAGACCUCCAAGAACUUAAGGAGGAGGAGGAGAAAGCAGAGGAGAAGCUGAUGGAAUGUGAGGAGGACAUAAGAGGAGGUGCUGAUGAAAACAGAAAGCCCAACAGCAGGAUUGAGGAGGCACUGGAGAUCAUUGAUCGGAUAUUCCCAAAAGUCUUCAGGCGAAACCGUUUGCUUUGGAUUGUCCUCACUGUAUUCUUUGUUUUAUUCAUAUUUGUCAAUAUCAUGAACUUCUUCAGUAACCGCCAUAGUGAUAGUGGAGACACGUCUACGGAGAAGUCAGCCAUCCCGGGCAAAAAGAAGUUUUUUGGACUGAAUGUAGGGUCGAAGAGCCCUCCCCCAGAAUGAAAUGAUUCCCGGAGAGACCAGGGAACUGAACUGACUCAUCUGUGAGUCCUUCACGCUGCAAAGAGCAGAUUUCUAUAUUUUAUUUUAGGGACCAAGUGUGCUCAGAUAUUAAAUUUGCAUUGGAUUUACAUUGUGAACGAAAUGGAUAUUACUUGAGGAAAGUUAGGAUUUCUUGUUAUUGAGAAAAUGUUUUUUUAUACUUAUGUCACAUUUGAUAGAUAUAUGAUUAUACCACUCAAACCUUAUUGAAAAUUCUCAGGUUUUGUGAAAUAUAUAUUUGAAAUAUUAAGUACGAUAUUUAAAACUAUGUUUGGUACGGUGUGUGUUAAACGUCUUUGCAAUUGUUUGUUGUUUAUUUGAUUUGACAUUCCAAGGUAGAUCCUUAAGUGCAAUAUUUUGCAACUUAUAUAGUUGACUGUGUGUUGAGUUGCAUAUAUAGAGCACUGAUUUUAAUAAUACAGAGUUUUUUCACAGUUUUAGGGGCGAUUCACAUUUCACGUCUAAAACCGUGCGGAAAACGCAAGCCGCGCCGCUUUCUCAGUCUAGUCAAAUGACCCGGUAUGCGCGUGGCAUUCUGAAAAGUUGAACUAUGUCCAUCUCGAUGCAGCGUCGACGCGCCUAGAAAAAUGUGCCGCGUGUCUACAUUUACAAUAACGAACUUGCACGUAAAAAAAACGUGAAAUGUGAAUAGCCCCUUAAAGAGCACUUUUUACUAGCAUGAAAGAGUUUAUAUUUGCACAUGCGUGCUUGCGUUUACUGUUGUGCCACUUCACCUUGUAAUAAAGGUGUUUUACAAUCAAAUGUGUUUAUG